AAUGUUCCUCUACAGAUAUGAGACUGGUUUUGGAGUGAGAGUGGAGCUCAGCUGGGGACGCUGCCUGGGAAGGCCUUUCCCCACAGGGUGACUUAAAUGUCCCAGGCUGGAAGGUGGAGAGAGAAGUGGACGCCCCCAGGGCUCUGGGCCACCCUCGAGGAUGACUUCUCGGGACCAGCUGGUGCAGCAGGUGCUGCGGGAGCUACAGGAGGCAGUGGAGUCCGAGGGCCUGGAGGGUCUUGUGAGUGCUGCCCUCGAGGCCAAGCAGGUCCUGUCUUCCUUCACCCUCCCCACCUGCCGGGAGAGGGGGCCCAGCCUCCAGGUGCUAGAGGUGGACUCGGUGGCCCUGAGCCUGUACCCAGAGGAUGCCCCACCGAACAUGUUGCCGCUGGUGUGCAAGGGCGAGGGCAGCCUGCUGUUUGAGGCGGCCAGCAUGCUGCUGUGGGGGGACGUGGACCUCAGCCUGGAGCUGCGGGCACGCACCGUGGUAGAGAUGCUGCUGCACAGACACUACUACCUGCAGGGCAUGAUCGACUCCAAAGUGAUGCUGCAGGCUGUGCGCUACUCUCUGUGCUCUGAGGAGUCCCCUGAGAUGACCAGCCUGCCGUCUGCCACGCUGGAGGCCAUCUUCGAUGCAGAUGUCAAGGCCACCUGCUUUCCUAGCAGCUUCUCUAAUGUAUGGCACUUGUACGCCCUGGCCUCUGUCCUUCAGCACAACAUCUAUUCCAUCUACCCCAUGCGCAACCUCAAGAUCCGGCCUUACUUUAACCGUGUCAUCCGGCCCCGCCGCUGUGACCAUAUGCCUUCCACGCUGCACAUCAUGUGGGCUGGCCAGCCCCUCACCAGCCGCCUCUAUCGCCACCAGUACUUUGCCCCUGUGGUGGGGCUGGAGGAGGUGGAGGCUGAAGAUGCUCCAGGCCUGGCCCUGGCCCCUCUGCCAUCGCCAGCCAAGACUCUGGAGCUGCUCAACCGGGAACCUGGGCUCAGCUACUCCCACCUCUGUGAGCGCUCCAGUGUCACCAAGAGCACCUUCUACCGCUGGCGGCGGCAAUCCCAGGAGCACCGACAGAAGGUGGCUGCACGCUUCUCGGCCAAGCACUUCCUGCAGGACAGCUUCCACCGUGGGGGCGUUGUGCCACUGCAGCAGUUUCUCCAGAGGUUCCCCGAGAUCUCCCGCUCCACCUACUACGCCUGGAAGCACGAGCUGCUGGGCUCUGGCCCCUGCCUGGCCCUGGCCCCCAAGGAGGUGCUGGCCAUGGAGAAGCUGGAGAAGCUGCCAGAGGAGCAGGUUGCCAAGGGGCUGGGGUGCUCCCUGCAGGCGGCAUCAAGCCCUGGAAUGGUCUUAAUGCAGCGGGCCAAGUUGUACCUAGAGCACUGCAUCUCUCUGAACACACUGGUGCCCUAUCGCUGCUUCAAACGUAGGUUCCCUGGCAUCUCGCGGUCCACCUACUACAACUGGCGGCGAAAGGCCCUCCGAAGGAACCCCAGCUUCAAGCCCCCACCAGCCCUCUCAGCUGCUGGGGCUCCCCAGCCAGCGUCUGAUGGGGAAGGGACCCUGCUCCCUUGGAAGGGUGAAGCCGGAGAGGGGGCAGGGAAAGCAACAGGCGGGGGGCCACCCGCCCCCCAGGAACUCCUGCCCCUGAGGAUGCCUCUGUCCCGUUGGCAGAGGCGUCUGCGCAGGUCUGCCCGCAAGCAGGUGCUGAGUGGGCACCUCCCCUUUUGUCGCUUCCGCCUCCGCUACCCUAGCCUGUCACCUUCUACCUUUUGGGUCUGGAAGAGCCUUGCCCGGGGCUGGCCCAGAGGCCUGUCCAAACUCCAGAUGGAGGCCCCCACUUUGGGCAAAGGGGGGCAGGAGGCCGAGGAGAAGAAGAAAGAAGCUGACAGGAAUGGGACAGCUGUGAUGGCCCCACCAGCGGGAGCCCUGCUGGAGGGGGCUUCUUCAGGAGAGAAUCCAGUGGAGGCCCAGGAAGGGCCUUCCAGAGAGGGGGCCAUGGCCCAGGGCCGCCCCCCCAGUGGGUCCCUGUUGAGCCACUCUGUGGUGGCGGCGGCAGGUGGCAGGGGCAGCCAGGUGCUGGUGAUGGACAUGAUUGCCACCACGAAGUUCAAGGCCCAGGCCAAGCUGUUCCUGCAGAAACGCUUCCAGUCUAAGAGCUUCCCCUCCUACAAGGAGUUCAGCGCCCUCUUCCCCCUCACUGCCCGCUCCACCUACUACAUGUGGAAGCGGGCCCUCUAUGAUGGCCUCACCCUGGUGGAUGGCUGAUGGGGGUGCCGAAGGGGCUGGGAGGGAGGGGGACCAGUUUGGAGAGGGCCAGGGGCCUGAGUUGCCCCCUGGCGUGGCCAGGAUGCCCUUUGCUCUGGCUCCCACAAUGUCUACCCUGAAUCCAAGGACAUAUUUGUGUUACUUCCUGGCUCCCAGGCAGAGAGGGCCAGACAUCAGCCAUCUGGUCUGUAGAAAGCUGCAGGAGCAGAGAUGUUCUCUUUGGUUGUUUGCUGGUCAUAUUUUUAUUGUGUUUUAGUUUUUUGUUUUGAUUUGAGUGGGUUGGCUGGGCCCCCUUGCUGGUGUUGGAAGCUGUAUGUACAUGGGGGGAACAGAGGGGGUUGGUUAGCUAGAGCUGCUUUCAGCUUUUUGGGGGACAAAGGGAGUAUUGUAGUAUGGCUCUCUGUCCCAUUGGGCAGAAUAUAGGUCUUCAGUUUCUUUCGGGUGUUGGCACCCUCUUUACUCAAAGAUGUUUCCCAAAGGAAUAUUAGAGUGGAAUGUGGGGUGGGUCAGAGGCUUCUGCCUGGCAUCCCCCAGGGAGAAGGACCAGACUCUGCAUGACAGCAGCAGGAUGUUUAGGAAGAACCGCUGAAGGCCCCUGAGAUCACUGAGGGGCUGGCCUUCCCCUGCAAGGAGCAGGUGAGGGGAGGGUAGGCUGGCAGGAGGGGACACGGCCCAGUCUCUGUUUGCUGGUACUUGAUGCAUCUGCUGGGGACCUGGCUGGCUGUUGGGGACCAAAGCCUUUCUGCUGAGCUUCUCCUCAGAGCCUAAGCUGCAUCUUCAGCGAGGGACCACAGAACAGCCAGGCAGGUGGGAGACCGAAUUUGCAUGGUCCAAGAGUGAAGUUGGAAAACCAAAGAAAUAAAGUGAUGUGUCCACA